AUGGAAAUGGAGCCAAGCCAGUUGAGGAAGCAAGAAAGCAACAAUCUCGACGGCAUUAGUGGCGGUUUCGUGGCGAUGGACCAAUACGUACCAAGUGAAUGGAACUUCGACUACCUCUGUUUCGACAAUCCUUUUCAAGAAGAUGACAGCAUUGAUCACACUUCUUCUUCCUUCAUGGAUCUAAUCUCUCAGCCACCACACCUGUUAUCACCACUUCCUCCUUCGAUCUCCUCAGCCUUCGACUAUUCUGUUUUCGACACGUUGCAAGACUCCUCUAAUUCUCCUCCAUCGAUUCUUCCAGCUUUGCAAGAGAAGAAGAGCAAUUAUUCACCAGUGGUUCAGGAAAGCAAUAGCCUCAAGAGCAACCAAGAGACUAGCAAGAAAAGGAGUAACUACAAGAAGCUCGAAGGUCAUCCUUCCAAGAAUCUCAUGGCGGAGAGACGCCGGAGGAAGCGGUUAAAUGAUCGUCUCUCCAUGCUCCGAUCUAUCGUCCCAAAUAUCACCAAGAUGGAUAGGACAUCGAUACUAGGAGAUGCCAUAGAUUACAUGAAGGAGCUUUUGGACAAGAUUAACAAGUUGCAAGAGCUUGGAAGCAGCUCUCAUCUCAUCACAAACGAAUCAAUGGUCAGAAACUCCCCAAAGUUUGAAGUGGAGCAAAGGGAAUUUAAUACGCAUAUUGAUAUAUGUUGUCCCACUAAACCGGGUUUGCUACUUUCAACGAUUGGUACGUUGGAGACUGUAGGCUUGGAGAUUCAACACUGCGUCAUUAGCUGUUUUAGUGACUUCUCAUUGCAGGCUUCUUGUUCCAAGGUUGGUGAGCAGCGAGGAUUCGUUACCUCAGAAGAUAUAAAGCAAGCACUGUUUAACAACGCAAGUUAUGGAGGAAAGUCUUUGUAG